AGCUAUUUUUUGGACAGUUGUGGUCAGCCCAAUUUCUUAGCUUUUUUAAAUGGCAGAAGUUUCACUUUUUUCGAUUCAGAGCGAUUAAUGGAUAACUCACUGCGAUUGCGCGCUUCACACUGCCACCCACUCCCACUUCCCUUCUCCGCUCCUAAACCCCUCUCUUCUGCUACCACUGCCACUUCUGUCUCAUUCUCUCCCAAGCCGGAACCACCUUCUCCGCCGCCUCAACCUCCGGAGCCCGGCAUCCGUCGUCCCCAAAUACUCAACUCUACCCCGGCCCCUGAACCUAGUCAUUCUCCUACAACUCCUUCACCCAAAGUCUCAUCCAACCCUCUCAGAGGCCUUACUCAGCUCUCCAAUGUUUGCCCCUCGGCUAAUAAUACACCACACUCCAUCUCCUCCAAACUCCGCCUCUCCAGCAAACUUUCACCUCCUCCACCUCCACCCCCACCCCCUCCUUCUUCCCCACAGAAAUCCCAGAAUGAAACGCAAUUUUCCGAACCUGAAAGUGUUUCUAGCGAACCUGAGGGUCCCUCUCAAUUCCGCGAAGAGGGUAAGAUUUUCAUUGGAAACCUCCCUAAUUGGAUAAAGAAGCAUGAGGUUGCCGAAUUCUUCCGCCAGUUUGGGCCCAUAAAGAACGUGAUUUUGAUCAAAGGGCAUAAUGAAGUGGAGAGAAAUGCGGGGUUCGGGUUCGUCAUGUAUGGGGGACCGUUGGCAGAUAAGUCAGCGAUGAAGGCAGUGGAGUUUGACGGGGUGGAAUUUCAUGGGAGGAUUCUGACUGUGAAGCUAGAUGAUGGGAAAAGGCUGAAGGCGAAGGCAGAGGAGAGGUUUAGGUGGGUUCAGGGGUCUGAAGGUGAGGAGUAUCGGUCUAAAUGGCAUGAAGAUAGGGAAGGCUCCAGGAAGGCCUUUCGAAAGGUUUUGGAGACUGAACCUGAGAAUUGGCAGAAGGUUGUCAAUGCUUUUGAGAGGAUUAGGAAGCCCUCUAGGAGAGAGUUUGGUUUGAUGGUGAACUAUUAUGCAAGGCGAGGAGACAUGCAUCGUGCACGUGAAACAUUUGAAAGUAUGCGAGCGAGGGGAAUAGAGCCAACCUCACAUGUAUAUACCAACCUUAUUCACGCCUAUGCAGUUGGUAGAGACAUGGAGGAAGCAUUGUCUUGUGUUAGGAAAAUGAAGGAAGAGGGCAUUGAGAUGACAUUGGUAACAUAUAGUAUACUUGUUGGAGGAUUUGCUAAAAUUUGCAACACUGAAGCUGCAGAUUAUUGGUUUAAGGAGGCAAAAGAGAGACAUACAACUUUGAAUGCAAUCAUAUAUGGCAAUAUCAUAUAUGCUUAUUGUCAAACAUGCAACAUGGAACGAGCUGAAGCUUUGGUGAGGGAAAUGGAAGAAGAAGGUAUUGAUGCCCCUCUUGAUAUUUAUCAUACAAUGAUGGAUGGUUACACAAUGAUUGGCAAUGAAGAAAAAUGCCUGAUUGUGUUUGAAAGACUUAAGGAAUGUGGGUUUACUCCAUCAGUUAUCAGUUAUGGAUGCCUUAUCAAUCUUUAUACUAAGAUUGGAAAAGUUUCUAAAGCCUUGGAGGUAAGCAAAAUUAUGGAAUCUUCUGGCAUAAGGCAUAAUAUGAAGACAUAUUCCAUGUUGAUCAAUGGAUUUUUGAAGUUGAAAGAUUGGGCAAAUGCAUUUGCAAUUUUUGAAGAUGCGGUGCGAAAUGGUUUAAAGCCUGAUGUAGUGCUUUACAAUAACAUCAUCAGAGCAUUCUGUGGGAUGGGUAACAUGGAUCGUGCUAUUCAUACUGUCAAGGAAAUGCGAAAAGAGAGGCAUAUGCCUACUACACGUACAUUUAUGCCUAUCAUACAUGGUUUUGCAAGAACUGGUGACAUGAAAAGGGCUUUGGAAAUUUUUGAUAUGAUGAGAAUGACUGGUUGCAUUCCAAGUGUACAUACUUUCAAUGCUCUGAUACUUGGUCUUGUUGAGAAACGCCAGAUGGAAAAAGCUGUUGAAAUAUUGGAUGAGAUGAACCUGGCUGGUAUAAGUCCAAACGAACAUACAUACACAACCAUCAUGCAUGGCUAUGCAUCGCUAGGUGAUACUGGAAAAGCAUUUCAAUACUUCACAAAAUUGAGAAAUGAGGGUCUCGAGCUAGAUGCAUACACAUAUGAGGCGCUUUUAAAAGCAUGUUGCAAAGCAGGGAGGAUGCAAAGUGCCCUGGCAGUCACAAAAGAAAUGAGUGCUCAGAAGAUUCCAAGAAACACCUUUGUUUACAACAUAUUAAUUGAUGGAUGGGCUCGAAGAGGUGAUGUUUGGGAGGCUGCUGACUUAAUGCAACAAAUGAAACAAGAAGGUGUUCAGCCUGAUAUUCGUACCUAUACAUCUUUCAUAAAUGCAUGUUGCAAGGCUGGAGAUAUGCUGAGGGCAACACAAACAAUCCAAGAAAUGAAAAGUAUGGGAGUAAAGCCAAACGUUAAAACCUACACAACAUUAAUCCAUGGAUGGGCGCGUGCAUCUCUUCCAGAGAAGGCUUUGAAAUGCUUUGAAGAGAUGAAGUUGACUGGAUUGAAGCCUGACAAAGCUGCAUAUCACUGCUUGAUGACAUCCUUACUUUCGAGGGCUACCAUUGCGGAGGCAUAUAUUUACUCAGGAAUAGUUUCUAUUUGUAGAGAGAUGAUAGAGUCAGGCUUGACAGUUGAUAUGGGGACUGCAGUCACAUGGUCCAAGUGUCUGCGAAAGAUUGAAAGGUCCGGCGGAGAACUCACAGAAGCCUUGCAGAAGACCUUCCCUCCUGAUUGGAACGAAUGCCACCAUACUACAAAUACAGACGAGGAAUCCGGCAGUGACGAUGUUGAUGAAGAAACAUAUUUCAGCAGUGGGAUUGAUAGUGAUGAUGAAGAUGAAAAUUUCAACCACAGGUCCAUGUUUUGAUUUAAAAAUUGGAAAUUGCAGGCAUUGCAUUCCAUGGGAAUGAGAUAUAUAUGUAUACACAUAAAUUUCUCGGGCAAUUUUUGCAACAUAUUUACAGUACAAACUUUUGUGUGUAAAAUCAUUUUAACUAUAAUGGUAUUUUUAAUUGGUUUUCAAAAUGAGUAAAAUUUACAUAUUUGU